AUGGGUUGCUUCAGCAGCAAAGUUGCGCCUUUCCCUCCUGUUGAUCGUGUCCGAAACAAGAAGGAGCGGAAAAUGUUGAAAAAGAUUCUGAAAAUGCAGGGCAUUAAAGCAAAAGUGUCGAAAAGUGGGGUUGCUUUUGAUAUUCCAGUCUCAAACGAUUUCAGAAGGCCAAAGCUUCCCCCUACGCGUAUCGGAAUCAGUACAAAGCAAAGUUCACACAACCACCUCUCAACUCCUGGAGAAAAGACAAUUCUUCAAAGACUUGAAGAAAAACAAGAAAAGGCUAGACUAAGAAGAGAGGAACAACAGAAGGCAAUGAAAGAAAAGAUGAGACGCCAAUCUCUCAAACGUCAAACAAACUAUAAAGUUGGUGUUUUGUUUCAUCUAUUAGAUUUAUUACAAUGAAUCAAUAUGAAUAAAAUUGUUUUUGUUAAUUUGUAUUUUUUUAUGUUAACGUCUGCUGGUCAACAUAUUACAACUGUUGUGAGGAAGAUGGAUCUAACAUUUAUCGGCCACUGCAGCGGCCGAUCUAUUUGUGGUUGUGCUAUAAAGUGCUCAUGUGGAAAGAGACGUUAUUUCUUUGUU